AUGGCCGAGCGUACUGAUCGAUCCUACUAAGAUAUUAACUCGAAAUAUUCCAAAAUGCCAAAGAGAUUGAUCAAACGAUAUAAUAAGAUAAAUACACAUCGAGCUGGUGUUAAAAAACAUUAUUUAACAAUUGAAAAUGUGAAUGAUGGUAAAUCAGAGAGAUUUUGUUAUUAUGAAAAAGAAACACAAACUGGAAAUCGAACAAGUUUAAUAUUUAUUCAUGGAUUUUCAUCUGAUAAAAAUACUUGGUUAAAUACAAUCAAAAAUAUUCCUCAUAAUUUCCAUUGUAUCGCAAUUGAUAUGCCUGGUCAUGGAGAAACAGUUGGAUUUUCUUUAGAAGAUUUGAAAGCUGAUCGUGUUAUUGAUAAACUGAAAUUGUUCUUUGAUGCGUUGGGUUUGACUCGACCGACGUGUUUAAUCGGAACUUCAAUGGGCGGUUCAAUUGUUGCAAUGUUUGCUGCGAAAUAUCCUUCAUAUGUCCAAAUGAUUUGUUUACUCGCACCUGUUCCUCCCGGAGGAUAUUGUGAAACCGAUGCAAUACGACAAAUACGUUCAGGAAUGUAUGAUAUCAUUUUACCCAGAACACAUGAACAAUUCUAUACGACAGCUGAUACAUUUGCAAUGAAAAAGAUUCAUUGUCGUCAUUUAUUAGCCAGUCAAUAUCUAAAAACAAAAUUAUCAGCGAUUGAUCAACAUAAGAAAAUUCUUCAAUCAGCUUUUGAAAAUGAUUAUCCAAAUUUGGAAAAAUCUUAUGCGCCAUUGAAAGAUUUGACAUGUCCAGCAUUGAUUAUAUGGGGUGAUAAAGAUCAAAAAAAUNCGAUUGAUCAACAUAAGAAAAUUCUUCAAUCAGCUUUUGAAAAUGAUUAUCCAAAUUUGGAAAAAUCUUAUGCGCCAUUGAAAGAUUUGACAUGUCCAGCAUUGAUUAUAUGGGGUGAUAAAGAUCAAUUAUGUGCAGUUGAAGGUGCACAUUAUUUUGUUGAUUUAAUACCAAAUACUGAAUUAGUGAUGCUGAAAAAUUGUGGUCAUCUCAUUCUUUUUGAUAAACCCAAAGAAACAGCUAAGAGUAUUUUGAAAUUCUGCAAUGAUUAUCAUCCUUCUCAUCAAACGAAUCGUCUUGUUCAAGUAACCUUUUAG